UUGAAGGCGUACCCUGUCAAUAACUUUACCAUACCUCGUGAACUGUGCAAGGUGCUGGACAGUUUUGCAAACCGAAUCGAAGUUAUACAGUGAAAAUGGCAGGUGAGUCAUGAAUUGGAUAUUUUUGGUUCAAAGUUAGGCUAGUUCAAAGUAUGGAUGCGUACUCUCUGCUUAACUGAAAAGUACAAGUAUAACUAAAGUCAACCCGAUCCGCAAAUCCGAUCUUCAUAAGUGGUCCAGACAAUGACUGGCUCAGCGAGUUUCAUUCCGAGAUAUUAAAUCUAAUAUAUUUUAAUAAAAAGUUGUUUGUUCUAAGUUUAAGAGCGCCAUUAAAGCUAAUCAAGAAGGUUUACAUGAAUUGAUGACUUGCAGACAGGGUCUCGAUUCAGAAAUUUCGAACCUGUAGAAAGGUUUUUUCUGUGUUAGUGCUGUCUACUCAGGUGAAUAUGAUGUUUGCGAUGUUCCCCUGAGUGUAGAAAGGAUUUCUAGGCUGUGAAAUAGCAUCAUGGAAUUAGGUAGUCUACGAAAAGCGUCUAAAUUUUAGCAUCACAUGACUUUUAGACAUCGGAGCGGAGUGAUUUUCAUACCGGAUUCGGCUGCUGUUUACACUGCGCCACAGUAAUCCGGUCGCGACGCGCAGCAAAAAUCACUCCGCUUUGGAGGUGAUAUGAAAAGUAAUCCGGUAUGUGCCGGAGCAGUGUAAACAGGCCAAUCGGUUUUGGCGUGUAUGUUUUAUCAUUGUCGCCUUUAUUUGCUCGCUUUUACAAUACUUUAUUACUUUAUAGCUCAGUGUUGUUUGUUUCGCCUUACAACCAUUUACUAUUUCUGGGGAAGAACAACUUGAGUUGUGCUGUGUAAAUCAAGCACACAACUCACUUACAACAACGUUAGCGAGUUGUGUGCUUGAUUUACACAAUGGAACUGAAGUUGUAAGCAGGUUGCAUGCGACAGUUUUAGGCAAAAGUUGUGGAGUGUAAAUCGGCCGCUUAAACCUUUGUACCUGACAAUAUUGAUUUAAUUCUGAGAUUUCAUGCCGUGACCACACCUUGUCACAACAAAAAGCUACUGCUCGUUAGCACAAUAUGCAAUUUACUCCAUUUGUUCAGGAAUUUUGGAAGAAGUCAGCGCCACACAUAAGAAGAUCAUUGAUCUUCUGGCCAAAGGCAAGAACAAGGAAGCCCUCGAGUUUUACACAGAUGAUUGCGUAAUCAUGACACCAGGACGAGAAGCUCUUCAGGGAAAAGACGGUAAAAAUAUAACAGUCUUCGUUCUUCCGCGAAUGAUUUCUCGUUUGAAACAAAACAAUAUUUCUUAUUUUUCACCCUGCUCGGUUUCCUUUGUUCUUGUCGGGGAAUAUAAUCAAUAUUCCCCUCUAAUCAAUUUCCGUUUAAUAAUCCCCUCUAUAAUAUUCACCUGCAAUUAAUAAUCCCCUCUAAUAUUCACCUGCAAUGUCUUUGCAGCACAAAAAAUAAGAAAAAACAACAUCGCGAAGGCAAUAUGGCAUUAAGAAUUCUUUCUUUUCUGACUCGUUAACGCGACCUCGCAGUGUGAAAAAUAAGUACGUUAUUUUGAGGCACCUCGGGGAUAUGUGUUUAUUCACCUCGGCGCUGCGCGCCUCGGUGAAUAAAUCACAUAUCCCCUCGUUGCCUCAACUGAAUAACCUAUAUACUUGCCGCCAAAAUUUGCCCACCUUUUCAAACCAUGGCUAAGAAAUAAUAUCUCCUGGUUUGGCUAUCUUCAGGGAACAUGACUAGGAAACAAUGUUUCCUGGUUUGCCCACCUUCAGAAAACAUGGCUAGGAAACAACGUUUUCUUGUUUGAACAGGAGUCACAAGGACUUACAUAAAAUAUAAAUAAUUACAUACACGACAAAAAGAUUUACAUAAUCUUUUCCUAUGGCUAGCUUUUCUGAAGUUCAUUGAAGCUUCGGCGGAAUUGCAGAGCAAAGUGGACAAAACAGAAAACGUGGAAGAAGCGGUGUUUGGCGAGGGAGACCUAGUCACAUCACGCAGCAAAGGAACUGUCUAUGGAAAGGAUGGAGCUGUCAUUUUCAAGAGAAAGUAAGUUUAUAGUCAGCUGUAUUCACAAGCAAACGUGAUGGUCCAGUGUAAGUAGUAUUCUACAAUAAGCUGUCGUGGUUUGUGUCUGAACUACCUGAAAAAGAUAUCUCAAACGUGAUGGUCCAGUGUAGGUAGUAUUCUACAAUAAUCUGCCGUGGUUUGUGUCUGAACUACCUGAAAAAGAUACCUCAAACGUGGUGGUACAGUGUAGGUAGUAUUCUACAAUGGUUUGUGUCUAAUCUAGACUCUCACGCACAAGAACCACAGAAGCUUAUAAGCUUAUUGCAGAAUACUGUAUCCAAAACAAACCCCCUAUGUUUUGAGCUUCUUCAAACGUCCGCUAAAGUGAACCUACAUUUUUUUUGCAGGGCAUUGACAGUUUGGAAAAAAGUCAAUGGCAAAUAUUUGGUACACAAUGUCAUCUGGAAUACAGAUGCACCUCUGAAUUUAUAAUUUCAAAGACGUGGCACAAACCUAAAUUUUGUAGAAGUAGUUUGAAAAGUUUUUGAAUAAAAAUUCUUCA